AUGCCAAAUCCUUCCACGCCGCCUUAUAAACCAUCACAAGAAUUGCAAGAUAUUCUAAAACAACAAGCCACACAACGUAAACGCACCGCCCAAUUGCCCAAACGUAAUUGGGUACAAAGAAAUCCCCGAAUUUUUCAAAUCACCUUUAUCACCACCUCAUUAUUGGUGCUCUUCUCACGGCCCCUGUACGACGCCUUCUUUGAAGUGUCAUUUCCAGCCCUAGACGAUUCUGUCAAAUUUAAGAAACGCGAGUGAUGGAAUCAGUACGUAAGGCCAAACAACGUUUACGAAACUAUCCAAUUCUAUUAGGAAAAUGUGCCGAAACGGCUACAGUUUAUGCGGCCUGUGUAAGUCGGGACUUGAAUGUACAACACAAAAUCUGUGACAAGGAGUUUCAACUGUUUAAAGACUGUCUACAGAAGGCAGCCCAUGAAAUGAAAACAAAAUUAUAAAGAAAAUCAAGCAAUAUAGAAUUGCAAUAAAACAAAGAAAACACACAUA